CAACUCACACCUUUCUCACUCUCGUGACUUUAACUUCCCGUCUGUGUUUUAUUUCACUCUGUAAACCUUGCGUGGGAUGACUUUGGUGCUAGCCUGUUAGCUUGUUAGCUCGUCGCUGCAAGGUUCCGCUUGGCUUCUUUUCUGUCACAAUGACAGCUGUCCUUCUUCUUGGGAUGGCGAACACGUGACUUGGCCUAACGUUACACGCAGACGUCAUCGUUGUGAUGGCUAACACGUUACUUUGCAUAAGGUUACAGGUGCAAUCUACCAAACGUGGGGAUCCAAGUGAGCUCAAGACCAUCUUCCAGAAGUAUGCCAGCAUUGUGGACAAGGAUGGAGACAGGUUUAUGACCCCUGGAGACUUUGUCCAGAAGUAUCUGGGUCUGCAAACACAGAUUCACCACAACCCCAAAACUGUACAGCUGCUGUCUGCUGUGGCCGACACCACAAAGGACGGGCUGAUCUCAUUCCAGGAAUUUCUGGCUUUUGAAUCUGUGUUAUGUGCACCAGACGCUCUCUUCAUUGUAGCCUUCCAGCUAUUUGACAAGACUGGAACUGGAGACAUUUCCUUUGAGAAUGUGAAAGACAUUUUCAGCCAGACCACAGUGCACCACCACAUUCCCUUCAACUGGGAAUGUGAGUUUAUCCAUUUGCAUUUUGGCCGUGACCGCAAGAAACGCCUCAACUACCUCGAGUUCACUCAGUUUCUGCAGGAACUGCAGUUAGAGCACGCACGCCAGGCUUUUGCCCAGAAGGACAAAGGCAAGAAUGGCGUCAUCUCUGCCUUGGACUUCAGUGACAUUAUGGCCACCAUCAGGCACCACAUGCUCACCCCCUUCGUGGAGGAAAACCUUGUCUCAGCAGCAGGAGGCAGCACCUCUCACCUUGUCAGCUUCUCUUAUUUUAACGCCUUUAACUCUCUGCUUAACAACAUGGAGCUGAUCCGUAAGAUCUAUAGCACACUGGCUGGCUCCUGGAACGACACACUAGUCACCAAAGAGGAGUUUGUUCAUGGGGCCAACAAGUUUGGGCAAAUCACGCCAAUGGAGAUUGACAUCCUGUACCAGUUAUCAGGACUGCACUCUCCCUCAGGGCGCCUGAACCUGGCGGACAUCGAGAGGAUAGCUCCUUUGGAAGAGGGCAGUCUUCCCUAUAACCUGGCUGAAACCCAAAAACAGACUCACGGGGACAGUUCAAGGCCCGUGUGGCUCCAAGUGGCAGAAUCUGCAUACAGGUUCUCUUUGGGCUCCAUUGCUGGAGCCACGGGUGCGACAGCUGUGUACCCUAUCGACCUGGUGAAGACCCGAAUGCAGAACCAGAGGUCCACCGGCUCUUUUGUGGGGGAGCUGAUGUACAAGAACAGCUUUGACUGCGCAAAGAAGGUGCUGCGCUAUGAAGGAUUCUUCGGCUUCUACCGAGGUCUGGUUCCUCAGCUCAUUGGUGUGGCCCCUGAGAAGGCUAUCAAACUCACUGUCAACGACUUUGUACGAGACAAGUUCACGGACAAGGACAACGCCAUUCCUUUCAUGGCAGAGAUCCUGGCCGGUGGCUGUGCUGGAGGCUCCCAGGUGAUUUUUACCAACCCGCUGGAGAUUGUGAAGAUUCGCCUGCAGGUGGCAGGAGAGAUCACCACAGGACCUCGAGUUAGCGCCCUCAACGUGGUGCGAGACUUGGGCUUCUUCGGCCUCUACAAGGGAGCCAAGGCUUGUUUCCUGAGGGACAUCCCCUUCUCCGCCAUCUACUUCCCCGCCUACGCCCACCUCAAGUCCGCCAUGGCUGACGAGCAAGGUCGGCUGGGCGCCCUGCAGCUUCUCACUGCGGGAGCCAUUGCAGGCAUCCCCGCAGCCUCGCUGGUGACGCCCGCCGACGUCAUCAAGACCCGCCUGCAGGUGGCGGCCCGGGCGGGACAGACCACCUACACGGGCGUGAUGGACUGCUUCAGGAAGAUCAUGAAGGAGGAGGGAUUCCGAGCUCUGUGGAAGGGAGCAGGAGCUCGGAUGUGCCGCUCCUCGCCGCAGUUUGGUGUGACUCUAGUCACCUAUGAACUCUUGCAGAGGUGGUUCUAUGUUGACUUUGGAGGACACCGCCCGUCCGGAGCCGAGCCCACUCCCAAGUCACGGAUCUUGGAGCUUCCUCCCAUCAACGCCGAUCACGUGGGAGGCUACCGUCUGGCCGCCGCCACCUUUGCUGGAGUGGAGAACAAAUUUGGGCUCCACCUGCCCAAAUUCAAGUCAUCCGGCGUGGCGUCCAUCCACCUGCCCGAGCCCGCCACUCCCGCUCAGGCCCCUUAGGAGGCGUCAUAUCGCCACCUAGAUAUUUACACUUGCAAAAACCACUACGCCAGUUUCAAUGUGGAGGGACAAGAAGAAGCCUGGAUGAAGGAGCUGUGGUCCUCAGCUGCCUUGUGUCCUCACUUCAUAGAAAAACACUCCUGUAUUACCUUUUUGUUUGUCUGCUCUGACCUGCAGGAUGAGGACUGUACAUACUGUAAAAGUGCACAAAGAGCUGUACUGUACAUAUUGUAAAGCUGAGCUGAGAUGGAAAUGUAUGCAUGGUGGUGUGACAGCAAGACGGUCUAUGAGAAGACUUUUUUGUUCCUUUCCUUUGCAAUACAGAUGAGUGAGACAUUAGUUAUUGAAUUAAAAAGCAUAUAAUUCAGUCAUUUUAUUGAAAUAAAUCAUCCAUAUGGUUUUUGAUUUUACAA